AUGAGACGAUCUCCUUCUAUUACUGUUAGCCUUUCAACUUCACCUGGAAAUUCGGGUGUGCUGAGUUCAUCAUUAGGAAAACAUCAUCAUUUAUCAUCAAAUGAUAACAAACCAAUUACCAGCUCUUUAUCAACAACACCAAGUGAUUCCGAAAUAUUUCUGAUGAUCAAUAACGAACAGGCCAGAACCGCUAAUUCUAAUCCAACAAAUAAUACUACAACAUCUAACGAUAUCAAUGGUAGCAAUAAUGGACAUUCUUCUUAUCAGCAAUCGUUUAUUCAACUUUCAAAUCAAUUACAUCCCCCAUUCCGAUUUAGAUGUAUUGCUCCACAGAUUUUUGUGGGCGCUUAUCCCACCUUGAGAAAUUUAAGAUAUUUGAAAAGGUUGAAAUUGAAAACAAUACUUUCUUUAAUUCCAGAAAAACCAAUUACGGAUCUUCGAGAAUUUUGUGACUAUGAAAAAAUUAUGAUUUAUCAUUUUCAAACUCCAAAAUACAAAGAACAAGUAUCUCUUUCAUUCAGUGAGGUUUCCACAAUUAUUGAGAUGUUUUUAAACUCAAAGUAUCAUCCUAUUUAUUGCCAUUGCUUGGACGGAACACAAGUUUCUAGUGUCUUAGUGAUGUGCUUUCGCAAAUUACAAAAUUGGAGUAAGACAGCAAUGAAGAAUGAACUCUCUCGUUAUACAUCAGAGCUUAGUGACGAAGAUUUUGACUUUGUAAAACAAUGGAAAGGACCUGUAAAAAUAGAUAAGCGAUACAUUCCAGAUUGGAUCAAGUCAUCUUCAGCUAUUGCACAACUAUUGGUGACCCAUGAAAAGAAAAAGAAAAAACAACCAAAAUCUAUCCAAUCUCAAGAAGAUAGCGAAGAUAAUCAAUAUGUCCUAAAGCAUGUCUCUGGUAUCAAGAUAAUUGUGGAAGGCUACGAAGAAAAUAAUCCAUCUAUUGUAGAUUCAGCAAGCAGUCAAUCUCCGUCACAUACUACAAUUAGUGUGAGCUCUAAAGGCUUCAAAAACACGAAACGAAUUGGAACACCAACCAUAGAUUUAACAAAAAUCAAGCCAAAAACAACAAAAGGACGGGAGCACACUAAAAGCACUGAAAGCUUGUCUCCCAAUGAAGAUUUAGACCAAUUCAAAGACGAAAAAUUUCCUUCUUUUGUGGAAACACAAUCUACUGCAAAGAAGGAAAAGCCAUCGCUUUGCAUUAGAGGUUUAGAUUUAGGAUAUUUGUCUGAAAAACAACGACAGCAAAUGAUCAUUUGGAAAAAUAAGAAGAUCACGUUUCGAGACAUAUUGCUUCCUCCAGACGUGGAAGAAUUUUUGGAUGACAUGGAAGAUCCUUUUAUUCACGAUGAGUAUUUAUCUUUUUUGGCCAUGGAUUCCGCAAAUUCAUCCAAUAAAUAA